UUUAAAGAAACACCCUUCUGACAUGCCCUGAACUGUCUCAUUUCCUAUAGAGCUGCAGAGUGAUUAUCUAGAUUGAUAAGUGGCAGCUUUGCACAGUCAACCCUGGCUAUAGUUCUCCCACUUCUAAAACAGUGGCUUGGAAGAGGAAGCAGUUACAGUACUUGUUUAUAUGUUGCUGGUAAGCAGGCUUGUGGAAGCUUUUCUAAUUUUUUCCUUCAAAAUAGCUUUCCAAAGUACUUUGCUGAUACCGGGCUGCAGAAGGAAUGCUGUGAGCUUCGGGAGAUGAGUUCAGAGAGGGGAGCGUUUCCUCGAUGCUAAGGUAUUUGCAGCUCUGUGGAAAGGCAACAGCUGAUUUGCUGCCGAGUGCCGAGGUUGUGAAAUACUGGAAGAGGGUUGCACUGGAACAACUGAGCACCAGACACCGAAGACAAAUACCACACACGGUCAUCGAUGCCCACGCUCAUUUCUGCAGCUCAAGCCAGGGUGGGAGCAUCUCCAGCAACUCGUCAUGUCAAACGACAGCCUGGAGCUGAGCAGCCUGGAUGGGCUUUACAUCGGUACGGAGUGCUUGGUUGCCUUGUUUGCCACUUUGGGUAACAUCCUGGUCAUCUGGGUGGUGAAGCUGAACUCAACAUUUCAGAACACGACUCUGUACUUCAUCGUUUCCCUGGCACUGGCUGAUAUCGCGGUGGGGAUCCUCGUCAUGCCCCUGGCCAUCGUGGUGAGUCUGGGCAUCAGCAUCCAUUUCUACAGCUGCCUGUUUAUGUGCUGCCUGAUGGUGGUCUUCACUAACGCAUCCACCCUCUCCCUCCUGGCCAUCGCGAUCGACAGGUACCUGCGAGUGAAGCUGCCAACCAGAUAUAAAAUAAUCACUACAGAGAGAAGAGUUUGGUGGGCACUGGGUUUGUGCUGGUCUGUGUCCCUGCUGGCAGGACUGGUCCCCAUGUUUGGAUGGAACAACUCAGAACCAAGAAGCUCUGACUUUCUCAAGUGUCAAUUUAUGUCUGUGAUGAGGAUGGAUUACAUGGUGUAUUUUGGCUUCUUCACGUGGACCCUCGUCCCUCUGCUCAUCAUGUGUGCUCUGUACAUGGAAAUCUUUUACAUCAUCCGGACAAAGCUAAGGCAAGGUAUGGCCAGCGUGCGAGGGGCAGGAGCUUUUUAUGGACAGGAGUCCAAGACAGCCAAAUCUCUAGCACUUGUCCUCUUCCUGUUUGCAAUAUCCUGGCUGCCUCUGUGCAUUAUAAACUGCAUUUGCUACUUUUACCCUGGGCGUAAGAUCCCUCCAUAUUUGAUGUACUUGGGAAUCCUGUUAUCCCAUGCCAAUUCUGCCAUGAACCCCAUUGUCUAUGCUUGCAAGAUAAAGAAGUUCAAAAACACGUACCUUUUCAUUUUAAGGACCUAUAUCCUCUGCAAGAAAAGACCCAGUUCUUACAGAGCAAACAACAGACCAACAGUCAUAAAUAAAGAACGAACGCUGACCUGCCAGUAUAUACCAGACCACUGAUAAACCACUCGGCUUUGUUAAGAAACGCAUGGGAAAAAUGUGUGUGCGGUUUCAUCUACUCACACAAACGGUUUUAUGAUAAGGGCAAGCUCCUCUUACUCAGUCUGAUGCACUUUUGACAUUAAGCCCAAAGGAUCAUUUAUGAUCUUCUGCAUUAUUGUACCCCGAGGAAUUCUGCCUGGUGGCUGCUGUACCAAGCCCAGAUCUUCCAGGCAAGCGUCUUCAUUUAACAGGACCUUCCAGUUUUCAUUUAUUGGCGUGAGCGUACUUUGGUAGACCAGCAACCCAAAGCACUGUUAACAAGGCAGACUUUUUCCUCCUAGCUCCCUAGCGCAGAUCCACAGCCAGCUGGCAAAAACCAGUGCUCGUUCAUUUCUAGUUUUAACUCAAGACUGAGAAGUCUUUUGGUUAUAAUUUUGAUUUCUCUUUUUGCCCAGUCGUAGGCCCUUUGCUCACACCCAGCCAGACUUGCCCUGACUUGGGUUUUUUUGUCCAGUAACACCUCUCCAGUAAAACCAUAGCAUCUCCUGCGACACGUCCACCUGCAGACAACCUGCGCUGUGAAGCUACCCUCACCCGCUGCUGACCAGCUCAGCUGAAAGGCCAGAAGCUGCACUGAUGUUGGCGACCCUCCUCUUCUUCAGGGGAGGGUCUGUCGGUGGGUGACUUUCAUUGCGUUUAAAUCAAGACAACGCUCCGCCCGGAAGCCUGCAAACUUGACCUCAGACAUAGAGCACCAGGCAGGAGGAGAAGCACCAAACACACUGAAGCUAUUCAUUAAUGAGAUGUGCUGGGGACAGGGGAGCAUGCCAGGAAGAGAUGAUUGUCAAAAAUAAACUAAUGAUACAUUUAAGAUCUUCCCUCCUCCCCCAGCUCCCUGACCAAGGAUAGAAUCGACCAUCGCUAAACCAUCAAGGAUGCAUUUUCCUAAUUUGUUACUAAACCCAUCCAAUUUGGGGGGAUUCUUCCUGCACAGCAUAUUCCCGCGUUUAAUUCUCCCUACGGUCGCAAACUGUUUUCCUAACACCCGAUUUAGAUGAAGCUUGCUGCGAGUCUCCUCUGAAACCUGAAGAACAGUUGCUCUUUUUGUAGCAACCUGCUACAGAUCUGAAGACGACUCUAAAGGUGUACAUAAAUAUGUGUGUUUACGUGUCUUUGUAUUAAAUAGUUUCAAAAUACAGAAGAGAUACUUACGACAAA